UUUGUCUGUGGUGACUCAUUAUUGUACCACCCCACACCCAGUGAGAAAAUCAAGGCUUUGAUGUAGGAUGCACCUCUGGAGUCCAAGGGAAGCCCUUCCAUUUGUACGUUCUUAUAGGUUCUAGGCAUCUAAUUCAUAACUGCCGUCUCCCGUCUCUUUUGUUGUCCUGAAAGUGAAGUGAAUCUACCCAGUUUUUGCUUUGUGGUCCUCCACACACUUCCUCUUCACAAGAAAAACAAUACCAAAAGAAAAAUUUUUGGGCUAGAUUCAAUGAGGAAGGGGUUUAUAUGCGAUUUGGGUCUCUAGAUUGAUGUUGUGAAAGCAGAAAGGGUUGGGGGGACAAAUAAUAAUAAUAAUAAAAAGAAAAAUGCGAAAAACAAGUGGGUUCCCUCCAAUCCAAUCCAUGGAGAUCUGUUUUGCUUGUUAACCCAUGUCCAAUUUGUUUCUGCCAUUGGAUUUUGAAUGCUAAGUCUCAGUCAUGAGGGCAUGGAUCAGUCUCUUUAUCGUCUCUGCUAUUUUGUGCUCCUAUUCGGCAGUUUUGGGCGAGACGGACGAGAAUGACCUCGCCAUGCUCGACGAAUUCCGGAAGGGAUUGGACAAUCCGGAGCUCUUGCGGUGGCCGGCCGACGGCAAGGACCCCUGCGGCGAGAAGUGGAAACAUGUCUUCUGCGACGGCUCCCGGGUGAACCAGAUCCAAGUGGCGGAGGUAGGACUCAGUGGUUCUCUUCCCCAAGAUUUUAACAAGCUGGAGAUGCUCAAUAAUCUUGGCCUCCAGCGAAACAAUUUCAGCGGACCGUUGCCGUCUUUCAGCGGGCUGUCCAAUUUACAGUACGCCUAUCUCGGCGGCAAUCGGUUCGACUCCAUUCCCUCGGAUUUCUUCGUCGGCCUCACCAAUCUGCAGGUCCUCUCUCUGAAUCAGAACCCUUUGAAUCAGAGCACCGGGUGGAUGCUGCCCCAGGAGUUGGAGAAUUCCGCCCAGCUGAUGAAUCUUUCUCUGAUAGGUUGCAAUCUUGUCGGGCCGCUGCCGGAUUUCUUGGGGAAGAUGUCUUCCCUAGAAGUCUUGCAGCUGUCUUACAACAAUCUCUCGGGUGAGAUCCCUGUGAGUUUCGCAGGGUCCAAUGUCCAAAUUCUGUGGCUCAACAAUCAGAACGGGCCGGGGUUCGGCGGCUCCACCGAUGUCAUCGCCUCCAUGACAAUGCUCGUCGAUGUCUGGCUUCACGGGAAUGGUUUCACCGGCCCGAUCCCGAGCGGGAUUGGGGCGUGCACUUCUCUGACGCGCCUGUGGCUCAACAACAACCAGCUCGUCGGCGUUAUCCCGGAGAAUUUGACCACCCUGUCGGAGCUCCGGUCGCUGCAGCUGGAUAACAAUCAUCUCAUGGGCCCUAUUCCAAAAAUGAGCUUCCACAAUUUCACCUAUUCUUAUAACUCCUUUUGCCAGUCUGCCGUUGGCGUUCCUUGCUCGCCGGAAGUCACUGCGCUUUUGGAUUUCCUCCAAGGCUUGAACUACCCGCUGGAGCUUGCGAGAUCGUGGUCUGGUAAUGAUUCUUGCUCUAGCUGGUUAGGGAUAUCCUGCAAUAGUAAUAAUAAGGUGUCUGGCAUAAUUCUGCCUCACUUUCGAUUGAAUGGCACAAUCAGUCCUUCCCUUGGUAAUUUGGAUUCUCUCACCGACAUUAGACUUGAUCGAAACAAUCUUACAGGCGCGAUUCCUGGAAAUUUAACAAGCUUGAAAUCCUUAAAAAUGUUGAAUCUUUCUUCAAACAACCUCUCUCCUCCUGUUCCAGGGUUCACUAAUGGCGCGACUGUCCUUGUGUAUGAUAAUCCAUUGUUCCAAUCUAAAAAUUCUCCAGGAUCUCCACCUAGCGGUCGCUCGCCAUCAGAGGGUACACCACCUCCCGCUGGUCCAUCUUACUCUCCGAGUGGUGGGGGAUCUAAAUCGAUCUCAAGAAGUUCUCAGAAGAAGAAUGUUCUGAUAAUUGUAAUCCCGAUUGCAGUUGGUGUUUCGAUCAUAGCACUAGUCUCUCUAUUCUUGUGCUUCUGUCAGAAGAGAAAAAAGAGUGCUUUUACAGCCCCAAGUUCCGUUGUUAUCCACCCUAAAGACCCAUCUGAUCCGGACAACAUGGUAAAAAUUGCGGUUGCAAAUAACGCCGGCAACAGCACAUCUGCUAGUGAUCUUCAGAGUGCAAAGAGUACUAAUACAAGUGAUGUUCAUGCAUUCGGCCGAGGGAACUUUGUAAUAUCAGUUCAAGUUCUUCGUAAUGCAACACAAAAUUUUGCUCCAGAAAAUGUCCUUGGAAAGGGUGGAUUUGGGGUAGUUUAUAAAGGAGAAUUGCAUGAUGGAACAAUGAUAGCAGUUAAGAGAAUGGAGGCUGCUGUCUUGAGUAAUAAGGCAUUAGAUGAAUUCCAGGCAGAAAUUGCUGUUCUUACAAAGGUCCGACACCGUAAUUUGGUAUCUAUAUUGGGUUAUUCUGUAGCAGGCAGUGAGAGGCUUCUAGUUUAUGAAUACAUGUGCCAAGGAGCUUUGAGCAAGCAUCUUUUUCAGUGGAAGCAGCUUGGUUUGGAGCCAUUGUCUUGGAAAAAGAGGCUUAAUAUUGCAUUGGAUGUUGCACGUGGGAUGGAGUAUCUUCAUAACUUGGCUCACCAUUGCUUCAUCCAUAGAGACCUCAAGUCAUCGAAUAUACUGCUUGGUGAUGACUACCGGGCAAAAGUUGCAGAUUUUGGGCUUGUCAAGCUUGCACCUGAUGGAAAAAAUUCUGUAGCAACUAGGCUUGCAGGAACAUUUGGAUAUCUAGCUCCUGAAUAUGCUGUGACUGGAAAAGUCACAACAAAAGCUGAUGUCUUCAGUUUUGGAGUAGUGCUAAUGGAGCUAGUGACUGGUUUGAGGGCACUUGAUGAGGAUCGGCCUGAGGAAAGCCGAUACCUAGCUUCUUGGUUUUGUUUCAUGAAAACCAGUAAAGAGAAGCUCAAUGCUGCCAUUGACCUGUCCCUUGAUUUCACAGAUGAGACAUUUGAAAGUAUAUCCAUUAUUGCGGAACUUGCAGGCCAUUGUGCUGCACAAGAACCUCACCAACGGCCUGACAUGGGCCAUGCAGUAAAUGUGCUAGCCCCACUGGUUGAGAAAUGGAAACCCAUUAAGGAUGAUCAAGAAGAAUAUUUGGGCAUCGACUUUCGCCAACCUCUCCUGCAAAUGGUAAAAGGAUGGCAAGCUGCUGAUGGUACCACCUCAGAUGUCAGUUCAUUAAACCUUGAUAACAGUAAGGAAAGCAUUCCAGCUAGGCCUGCUGGAUUUGCAGAGUCGUUCACUUCUGCAGAUGGCCGGUGAAUAUAUGUAGUAUGUAUCAUUUGCUUGUUUUGUAAUUGUCCUUAUAGCAAAUCUUCUCUUAAUUUUCAGUCCAUGUAGAUAGAUAUCUUUUGAGGGAUUUCAUGCUUGUGUCAAUGUGAUUUUUCUAUUUGGUUCUGUAAUUAUUCAUAGUGGAUGAAACUAGAUGUCUCAUGCCAAUGCUAUCUUAUAUCAAUUAUAUGGGAUCAAUGGGGAUGGAAGUCCCUUUCUGUUUUGUCA